ACCUGGGCAGGAAAAACCACAGAUACAAGUACAGAUUAGGUGAAACCUGGCUCAAAAACAGUCACUGUGACAGGGACCUUGGAGCCCUAGGGGAUGAUCUCUUCAUGAUCUCUUGGCCUCGGGCCCGGCACUGGGGGCAGCGGGGGCUCCGAAGCUGCAGAGGGCCUCCUGCUUGCCGAGGGGUAGCGACGCUCGAUCCCCGGACAGGGAUGGGCAGCACCGGAGUACGGUUACUGCCCGGACGGCCAGGCGGGCAGCGGGGAAGAAGCGCUCCGUUCCGAAACCGCUGCAGGUGCCGGCGGGGCGACAGCGGUUUUUCUUCUCUCCUAACACGGCCUUGGCCGGAGACGCAGCUGGUGGGGCAGCGCUGGAGGAAAUGGGGGCCUCUCCCGUCUCCCCGCCAGCUCGGAGCCUGGCAGCAGCUGUAACAAAGUCGCUCCUCCUGGCGGGACGCCCCGCGGCCUCCUUUGAAGUCGGAGGAGAGGCGCGGGGGGGGCGGCGAGGGGGCGAGGCGUCUGGGCUUCCUCCUCCUCCUCCCGCCGCCGCUCCCGGCCUCCGCAGACAGACGGGCAGCCGCGGACAAGCCUGGGGCUGAAUCUCGCUGAGGUGGCUGGCAGGAUGCCGUCUCCGAGGAUGAGGAGAGUCAAAUGCACCUGGGACCACCGAAUUCCUCAUGGCUGUUCGCACUCCAAGAGGACUUUUGUGCUUGCGUUGUUCGUGGUGAACACUGCUCUGACAUUCUCACAGGAGAAGGUGCCAGCUUCCAACAGCCUUGAAGAAAGAGAUGAUGUCACGGCCUACUGGUGGGGCGAGUGGUCCAAGUGGGCAGCCUGCACUCGGACAUGUGGUGGAGGAAUCCGCUUCCAAGAAAGGCACUGCCUGCAACAGAGAAGGAAGCUGGCAACAGGAUUUCUUAAUAAAACCUGCAAUGGGAUGCCCAAAAGAUACCAGCUGUGUGAAGUGCAGCAGUGUCCUCCAAGUGGAAGGAGCUUCCGGGAGGAGCAGUGCUCCUCAUUCAACUCUCGGGUCUACAAUGGGCACACCUUCCACUGGAAACCUUUGUAUCCAGAUGACUAUGUCCACAUCUCCAGCAAGCCCUGUGAUCUCCACUGCACCACCACUGACGGGCAGAGGCAGCUGAUGGUCCUGGCCCGAGAUGGCACCUCCUGCAAAACCUCUUCGUUCCUAGGGGUGUGCGUGUCUGGAAAAUGUGAGCCCAUCGGAUGCGAUGGGGUUCUGUUCUCCCCCCACGCCCUGGAUAAAUGCGGGGUCUGUCAAGGGAACGGCAGCAGUUGCACUCACGUAACUGGGAGCUACCGGAAGGGAAAUGCUCCGCUUGGAUACUCUUUGGUGACUCACAUCCCUGCUGGAGCAACAGAUAUCCAGAUAGUCGAACGGAAGAAGUCUGCUGAUGUUUUGGCCAUUGCAGAUGAAGGUGGCUCUUACUUCUUCAAUGGGGAUUACAGAGUAGACAUCCCCCAAAACUUCAAUAUUGCAGGGACUGUCUUCAAAUACAGAAGACCCAUGGACAUUUUUGAGACCGGCAUAGAAUAUAUUGUUGCACAAGGGCCUACCAAUCAGGGCUUAAAUGUCAUGGUUUGGAACCAAAAUGGUAAAAACCCAUCAAUUACAUACGAAUACAUCCUGCAGACAAGACCUUAUUUGAAAAAGCUGCCGCCACUUUACUACGGCUUCUCUGAAUCAAAUAGCAAAGAAAAAACUGAGUAUGAAGGAGGAUUCCUUUGGGGGCUCACUCAGCUCAAUGCCAGCCUGCUGGCCACCGUCUCCCAAGAAAGGGGCCAUCUGGAGAAGCUGCUCUUUGGCCGGCAAGGGCGAGGGGACAACCUGAAGCUGAGCAAGAUGCAGCAGACCAAUGAAGUUUACCCCAGGAUCCCUCUUGAGUACGGCCCUCCCCUCCCGAGCAAACCCUCCAUAGAAUCAAACACAACUAAAACCAAUUAUAAGGUGGAAGGAAAUGGAAGCAAGCUGGACUCCCUUCUCCCUUCCCAAGAGAUCCUUUCAGAAAAUGCAAUCCUCCACAGCUUUGGGGAUAAGAGAUCAGAUUCGAAAGAAUCCAUCUGGAAUAAGACCCUGAAUAGUAUCUUUUCUCCAGUGAAACCUAUCAACACCUUUCGGCCUGAAAUAGACGGUCUUUAUGUUGAUUAUGAUGACAGUGAUGAGCUGCUGGCUUAUGUGGCUAAUGGCACUUUUAUGGAGCUGACCCACGAGGAAGCCAGCAACGCAUCUUCAGAGAUCCAGCUUUCCAACGCUACUAUUUCUUCUGCCAUGGGGAACAGAACCCAGAAGACGAGGAACCAGCUGAAGCUCUUCCGGAAGGGCCAAAAUAUGAGCCCAGCUGACAUGUACCGGUGGAAGCUCUCCUCCCAUGAGCCCUGCAGUUCCACAUGCACCACAGGAGUGAUGUCCACCUAUGCCAUGUGUAUCCGCUAUGAUGGCACGGAGGUGGAGGACCCUUUCUGUGAUGCAGCCACGCGGCCCGAGCCCAUCCACGAGUUCUGUGCGGGAAGAGAAUGCCAACCCAGGUGGGAGACCAGCAGCUGGAGCGAGUGCUCCAGGACCUGCGGAGAAGGCCACCAGUUCCGGAUUGUCCGUUGCUGGAAGAUGCUCUCACUGGGCCUAGACAGCUCUGUCUACAGCAACCUGUGCGAAUCGGCCGACAUCGCUCGGCCAGAAGAGAGGAAAGUCUGCAAGAACCCGGCCUGUGGGCCACAGUGGGAAAUGUCCGAGUGGUCUGAGUGCACAGCCAGGUGUGGCGAGAGGAGUAUGGUCAGCCGAGACAUCCGCUGUUCUGAAGAAGAGAGGCUGUGCGACGCCAACACCAAGCCAGCGGCUGAUAAGAACUGCACUGGGCCGCCCUGCGAUCGGCAGUGGACAGUCUCUGACUGGGGACCGUGCAGUGGCGGCUGCGGUCCAGGCCGAAUGAUCCGCCAGGUCUACUGCAAAAGCAGCGAUGGGCGUGUGGUGCCAGAGACCCAGUGCAACCCCGAAGCCAAGCCCCUCGCCAUCCACCCCUGUGGGGAGAAGAAUUGCCCCGCUGGCUGGCUGGCCCAGGACUGGGAACGGUGCAACGCCACCUGCGGCCGAGGGUUGAAGAAGCGGACAGUGCUGUGCCUGGAGAUUGUCAGUGGGAAGAUCAAAACCCGACCCCCUGCCACGUGCGAUGCUACCAAGAAGGAGGCAGAGGAAGCCACCUGCUUUGAGCGUCCCUGCUUCAAGUGGUAUACCACCCCUUGGUCUGAGUGCACAAAAACCUGCGGAAUUGGAGUGCGGAUGCGUGAUGUCAAGUGUUACCAAGGGAAGGAUCUUGUCCGUGGGUGUGACCCACUCCUGAAACCAGUUGCGAAGCAGACCUGUGACCUCCAUCCUUGCCCAACAGAGCCACCAGACGACAGCUGCCAGGACCAGGCAGGGACCAACUGCGCUCUGGCGAUUAAGGUGAACCUCUGCGGCCACUGGUACUACAGCAAGGCCUGCUGCCGAUCCUGCCGCGUACCCCGUUCCUAGAAGGGAGCAACGGCGUCCCAUGUCCAAGGAGGUGCAACCGGAGAUUAGCGCCAUCAGGCAUCACCUAGUGGUUCUCGCUUCUCUUUUCCUCCAGCCGUGAAGGGGACCCCCCCCCUUUGACCCCCCAAUGUCGCCUGCAGAAUUCUGGAUUUUUCUUUUAAUUCACUGCGCAAACUUUUGAUCUACUUGUAUAGAGCUUGCCAGGCUGGCUUUGCUUUCCUGUUACUGGCACAUCGCCUGCUGCAGGACUGGGCUCAAGUCAGCCUUGGCUCUUUCCUUUCACUUCUCUGCCUUAAGAGUCUGUCUCAUGGUCCCCUGAAGGCUUGGAGUGAGGCACACCCCAAAUAAAAGAUAUGCUGAACCCUUCUCUCUAGUCCUGCAAUUAAUAAUUGCCCCACAUGUUGCAAUGAAGAAUAUUUGAGUACCCACAUCCAUUUUGGUGGGAAUUGGUUGGAAUGGCGUUUGCAUCAGCUUUAGAUAUUAAAAUGGCAAUCAUAUCACUAAAGGCAGAAGAACUCUAUCAUUUCAGGCUCAGGCACCUUGUCUUUAUUCUCACUCAGUAGUAAAUAUAAAUUAAUGAAAGGCAGGUAAUAAAAUCCACUAAAUAUAACAUGUAAGUGCACAUCUGGCAGAAAUGUGUUAUUGUAAUUGAACUCUUAAAUGCAUGCCAGCAUAUUGUAUAAGAUAAGGAAAACAUAGCUGCCCUUUAUAACUCAAAAGGGCCGUGGAGUCUUUUUUAAUGUAUUUGUUUACAAAAUAAUAAACUUUAUCCCUUUUA